GAUACAGAGUUUUGGGAUAAGAUGCAAGCAGAAUGGGAAGAAAUGGCCCGGCGGAACUGGAUAUCUGAGAACCAAGAAGCCCAAAACCAAGUCACAAUUUCAGCUAGUGAAAAGGGAUAUUACUUUCACACUGAAAACCCCUUCAAGGACUGGCCUGGAGCAUUUGAGGAAGGCUUGAAAAGGCUGAAGGAAGGGGACCUGCCAGUCACCAUUCUGUUCAUGGAGGCAGCGAUUCUUCAGGACCCUGGAGAUGCAGAGGCAUGGCAGUUCCUCGGGAUAACCCAGGCAGAGAAUGAAAAUGAACAAGCAGCCAUUGUCGCCCUCCAGAGAUGCUUAGAAUUGCAGCCUAACAAUUUAAAAGCUUUAAUGGCUUUGGCUGUUAGUUACACAAAUACUGGCCAUCAGCAGGAUGCCUGUGACGCACUAAAGAAUUGGAUUAAACAAAAUCCAAAGUACAAAUACCUUGUGAAAAGCAAGAAGGGAUCUCCAGGACUCACUCGAAGGAUGUCUAAGUCUCCAGUUGACAGCUCUGUUCUGGAAGGAGUGAAAGAAUUAUAUUUGGAAGCUGCCCACCAAAAUGGAGACAUGAUUGACCCAGACCUACAGACAGGUCUAGGGGUCCUGUUCCACCUGAGUGGGGAAUUUAACAGAGCAAUCGAUGCAUUUAAUGCUGCCUUAACUGUUCGGCCAGAGGACUAUUCAUUAUGGAACCGUCUUGGGGCGACCUUGGCAAAUGGAGACCGCAGUGAGGAAGCUGUAGAGGCCUACACACGAGCACUGGAGAUCCAGCCAGGCUUCAUCCGGUCCAGAUACAACCUGGGGAUCAGCUGCAUCAACCUGGGGGCUUACAGAGAAGCAGUCAGCAAUUUUCUCACUGCCCUCAGUUUGCAAAGAAAGAGCAGGAAUCAACAGCAAGUCCCUCACCCUGCAAUCUCUGGGAAUAUCUGGGCCGCCCUCAGAAUCGCACUGUCUCUGAUGGACCAACCAGAACUCUUCCAGGCAGCUAAUCUCGGCGACCUGGAUGUUCUCCUAAGAGCUUUCAACUUGGAUCCUUGAAGGAAAAGGAAAUAAUAAUAAUAAUAAUCCCUUACUUGUGUUAUUGUACUGCAAAUUGAAAGACUAUUUUAUUAUGACUUUCAAAAAGGAUAAAACAGAUAUUCAAAAGGCCAUGAUCAUAUAACCCAAGGGAAUUAAUUCCUACAGACAAUGCCCAAUCUCUGUUCAGAUACAAAAGCACAACAUGUUGUUUAUAUAGUCAAGGUCAGGUUCAAAAGAAGAAAGACUCAAGAUAAACCAAGAUAAAGUAACCACAUGUACUCUUCACAACGUACAAGUGUAUUGUAAAAAUGGUCUUUGUUUUUUGUCCCCAGCCACAGCUGAUGGCACAUCUGAGGAACUUGUUCAUGGGACACUUGAAGAAUGCACUGCCUCAGAUCAGGGAAUUCAGACUAUUCCUAAACUGUCCCUUGAAAUUCCCCUUUUUGCAAGACUGAACAUAGUUUGGGCCAUUGGUGCAUGCAUACAUAUUAACUAAAGACAGGCAUUGCUUAAACCUGUUCCAGUUUUAACUUUUCCUGUAGCCUUUGUUUCCAGAGAAGGAGCUUUGCUGGCAAAAGCAGUUUUUGCACUAGAAAUUUUUGCUGUUCCCAAUCAGAACUUUUCUGGGAUUGUAUAUAUGCACUUUAAUAUAUUAUUUAUGCCUUGCUGGAGUUUUGUUUUGUUGCUCCAAUUUUUAACUUGGGGGUGAAAGAUUUGAGAACUCAGACUUGUUAGAUCAAUGGACCAAACAAAGUUUCUGGAAAGUAGUUUUUCAUAGUGUAGGGUUUUGAAGGAGUAUUUUUCCUAAAGCAGAUGUGACAUGGGAUGUGAAUGUGUCAAACACAGAUCUUCUUAUCCAUGUGCUUUCUGGAACUGUGUGAACUUCAGCAAGAGACAAAAUUCAGUCUCUUCAUGUAUUCUCUCUGCAGGGAGACAGCUUGAUGUGACCAUGGUUUCUACUGGGUUUGAAUUAACUUGCUUGUCACAUUUUACUGGCUUUCUAACUGCCCUGCACAACAAUAUUCCUCUUAAAAUGUUCCUAUUUAAAAUGGUAUUUCUUAAGAGUGAUAAAUACAUUUUUUCCUAAAAAAUGACGUGUUUCCU